AUGUACGCAUAUUAUAGGCAAUCUCGUUUUGUGCAAUUUAAGACGACUAGGUAUGUACAUUCAUCGCUUAAUGGCGCUGCCUCUCUAGAAAAUGGGAGUGAUCCCGAUCUCUCCUUUCUGAAUUCGAUUCGAGAAGUUUCAGGAUAUGUUUACAUUGGCAACAAUGAAGUGAAGCGGAUUCCACUCAUUUCAUUACGGAUUAUUCGCGGACGCGUCCCAUAUCACGUGGAAAAUGUCGGUGAUGGAGCCCUAAUCGUGACUCGCAAUGCAAAAAAUUACACUCACGGAUUAGAAGUUCUGGAUCUACGUAGUUUGACCGUGAUACAGGAGCACAAUAUAAUAGCAUGGGACAAUCCAAUGCUAUGCCAUUUCCAGUACACCGUCGAUUGUCCACAGCUCUUUGUGGAUGUAAAAAAUCAGCGACGAUUGAGUGUGUCCAAGGAGAAUCUCAUAUCUGGCAGCGGCUGCGAUUACGGUGCGUGCCCCUGUGUGUCUGAGUGUCUGCAACAUCCUGUCCAAUGCCAACAACUGACUGGAGGCACUGAUUCUGCUGGUAGCUCCGUGCCAUAUGUUUCUGUUGCCGUUGGCCUCUUGAAAGGCGAUUGCCUCCAGUGGGGAACCAGUAAACUCCUCCUACUUCGUGGUAUUCAUGACGUGUUGCAAAAUAGCGCAGCAGUUAUUGUCAGAAGUAAGGCGAGACGAGAUAUUCACAACACGGCUUGUGAGUAUGAGGCACCUGCUGCCUCCGAGCAUCCAAGGUUGGUGUGUGCACUUUAG